UAUACACCUGUGGCCAUGGAAGUGACUGGAACACCUGAAUUCAGUGAUUUGGAUGGGUGAGUGAAUACUUUUGACAGUAUAGUGUAUGUGUAUUAUCCCUCAGUCUUAAUACAAAUCACGAUGUAGUGUUUUCAGUGCAAUGUGCAGGUAAGAGCUCACAGUGGUGCACUUGUGUCACAGGAGUGUUACCGAAAGGCGCUUUGCAUAACAGGACAAACCAGCCAGGCUGUCACUAAUGAGGGAAGCAAAACCUUACAGCCUUACAUUUUAUACAUGCAAAUGGCUCUGGUUUGUUCUGUAGCUGUGCAUUAAGUGCAUUUGAUAUCAGCGCAUUCAUCUCCACACAAUAGCAGCCAAACCGUGUUGACAUUCAGACUUUAUUAUAUACUGUAGUUUAGGAAGUUUGUCAGUUUAAUUCCUUCAACAAAUAAAAACGCUUCACUGGUUUCUAAUGACGGCCUAGUCUGACCAUUGUUAUCCAAGGGCUUUGUUUAAAUGCCAGUGCCACACAACUGUCACGCAAUAGGAGAACAGAAAGCCGAGCUGGACUUUGUUCAGUGCUUUCCGAGAUCCCUGAGGUGUUUUCCGUAGCAGAGGAAGCGUCAGAGUGGCAGUAAACACCUUGUGUUUGAUGAGAAGCUGCCAGUGGAGCCACUCGCUGUGAUUUGAACAGACGAUGUGAUGAGUCCACCACUGUUUGGCCUACUGGUGGUCUUGAGUUUACAUGUGGCUGAAGGUGAGCAUGUGAUGCGACAGCUCACGUUUUGUCAGCUGAAGGAGGUGGACGCUGGGUUUGAUCUUUCGUUUGGUGAAGACGAGCUGUGGUACGUGGAGCCGUAUUACUAUCAAGCACACCAGCGCUUACCUGAGUUCGCGGCAGACUGGAGCCUUAAACCAAGCUUGCCCUCGGAUGCCUACUACUCCAUCGGAACCUGCUUUUACAACAUUCCCCGUUGUAGUAAAGGGGAAGAAUACCCACCAGAGACCAUCGCCCCCCCACAAUCAGUGCUGUACUCCAAGAGGGCAGUUCGACUCGGAGUGCAGAACACACUCAUCUGCUUUGUGACCGACUUCCACCCCGCACCGGUCAAGGUGACGUGGACACGUAACGAGGAACCGGUGAACGAGACCGAAGUCAGACAAACACAGUAUUACUCCAACCCAGACUACAGCUUCCGCACCUUCUCCUACCUGGACUUCAUCCCGAAACUCGGAGACGUCUACAGCUGCACCGUCAGACACCGGGGCCUGCAGGACCCACUGACCAGGUUCUGGGAACUGGAGCUACAGACGGACUCCCAGGUGGUCGAGACAACGGUAUGUGUCCUGGGUGUGACCCUGGGAAUCUUGGGAGUGUCUGUAGGUGUUGGGCUCAUCAUCAGAGCACGAAGGAGCUGAGCAGAGUUGAAGAUUUUACUGUACGGUCGGGAGAAUAAUCCCAACUAAACCCUUAAAAAUGAAGGUUCCUAAAAGUUUGGAUGCAUGUUUCUAAAAAAGGCUUUAACUAGUAAAGUUCCGGUUCACUCUGUGUAGCCUGUGUACAGGAAUAAUGAGGGCUGGCCCAAACAGCAUUUCCCACGGAUAAACAUUGGUGUUUCCAAGUUCACCCUUAAAAACAGGUUCAUGUUUAAUAAUUAACCAUAAUUUUAGGAAUGUUCAUUACCGCAGCUAAAAAUAUGUCCAGUAUGUGGCAACAAUGUAUUAAUAGUGUAUACCAGUGCCAGUAAAAUUUAACUAUAUUUAGAUAGACGUACAUACACUGUAAAAUGAGUUAUGACAUAAUAUUUGGUACACAAACCAUGUAUAAAUGAAAGGCUAAUAAUUGCUGGAUUUGAUCCCCCAAGGGAAGUCAGUAAAUUAAUUUGUAAAUUAUGUAUAUUAAUAUCAAUAAAUAAGGUAAACUAUAUCAUCCUAGUAUGAAAUCCUAAUAUUAAAAACACCCUGGAAGAAUGUCGGUUGCAUGAAAUUCUGGAGAUGUUUGAUAGCAAGAAAAACUGGAUGUGAAUGAUGUAGUAUAUUAUAUUAUAGUAUAUUUAUUAUAUGGGGUGUACGCACACUAAGGCCAGAUUAGAGCAAUGUUUUUGCCUUCUUUUGUGUAUUUAAUACAAUACAGCCACGCCUGUUGCUGUUAGGCUGGUGGACUAGAGGCUGAAUCCACAUUUAUAUUUGUAUUUCAAUAGAGUGGAUCGUAAAACUUAAAUAGACCUUUUACGACUAGGGGAGUCCCACAGGGCACAGUCUUAGGUCCGUUUAUUUUAACACUGAUUAGCAUUUAUUUACAGGGCAAUUGUCGCAGCAUUUGUCUGAUCAUUCUCUUGUGGUGGGGUGUAUAUUAAGGAAAAAAUGCCGUAGCGUAUAGAUGAAUUAUUGAUUUUCAGUUCUAGUGCUUCAACAGGAACGAUCUAUAUUUGAAUAGAAGAGUAGAAACGAGGAAGGAAGUGGUUUUAAGGAGAUUACUCCGUGGAUGUAUAUAAACCUCCAUCCAGACUUUUCUUUUUUCCUCAGAAGGGACAAAGGUUUCCAAUGUUUCCAAUGUCCAAUGCUCAGUUCUGGAAGACCUGAUGUAACUAAUGACGGAAAAUAUCAAUAUGUGUAUUGUAUUGUA